CAAAAUGGGUCCAUUAAGAAAAUCUCCAAGACCCAUUCAGUAUUUCCUAGGCACUGCACUGUUCCCAGUCUCUAACGAUCCCCUCAAUCUCUCUCUCUCUCUCUCUCUCUCUCUCUCUCUCUGCGACAUUACUGCGUUCUCUCGUUCAUAUAAUCAUUAACCAUGGCAACAAGGAUGGCUGUUAGAUAUGUGUCUCGAAGGUUCUCAAGCAGUGGUAAAAUACUUAGCGAGGAGGAAAAGGCUGCUGAAAAUGUUUUCAUCAAGAAAACUGAGCAAGAGAAGUUGGAGAAGCUUGCACGAAAGGGCCCUAAACCAGAAGAGAAAACUACCUCAGGCUCAGGGGGCUCACCAACUGAUGUCAAACCAAAUGCUUCAGCUUCUUCAACAUCUGGGGCGUCUGCUGAAAAGGUAUCAACUGAUAAAUACAGGAACUAUGCAGUUGUAGCUGGUACAGUCACAAUUUUUGGUGCUCUGGGAUGGUAUCUAAAUUCCCGUGGGAAGAAGACUGAAGAGGUCCAAGACUGAGGCCAACGUGCUCGAGUGUGAAGACUAAUGGGGCAUCUGUUGGUUUUUUCUGACAACCAUGGACUUGUGGUGGUCUUUAGCAAUAAACAGGGUUUCACUAUGCGUUGAUGCAAUAUUGUUUUGUUCUGUUAGAACUAUGUAUGACUUUUUUUUUUCUUUUUAUCCGAGUUCUGCCUUUGGCGGUGGCUUUUGAGUA